AUCAACUUGGCCGUGAUUCCGACUGAUUAUGGCUUGCCGUUCUCGAAUGAUCCCACCAAUAAUGGCCCCUGCCCUUCCAAACCUGGCAAACCUGAUAUUCCUUGCAGGUGCCCGCCUCCGAGAACAGACCCAAAAUUCCUCGGCCUGCUUGCUCUUGCCCUGAAGCAGGGCUUCUUCCCCAGCUGUAGCAUCAAAGUUACCAUGACCCUGGACGAGUUCAACAAUGGCAGCACAGAGCCCGGAUCAGACGCACAGAAGCAACGUGCAACCACCAUGACCCAGGUCUUGCAGAGUCUUAACAAUACCGGUCCUGGCGUACUAGGCUGCCCUGCUGCCUCGUAUCCGUUCAUCGCUGCGCAGCAAACAACCGGCAUUACGGGCCAAGGCUCA